CCUUCCCGGCUCGGCCCGCCCGGCUCUCGUCCCCUCCGGUACCUCCGCAGCGGGGCCUGCGCCACCCGGCCUUAGCAACGGCCCCAACAACGGCUCGGCUCCUCCCCCGGUGUCUCCGGGAAAGCGCUCCGCCCGGUCCGUUCCCUCUCUGGGCCCGGCGCGCGCCUGGGGUCCUGGCGGAGGGACGGCGCGUGGAGCUGCGAGGACGCGCGUGCUGUGCAGUCCACCUGUAUUUCUCAAAGAAAGUGAAGAAAAUAAUUCAAAAUUUGUGGAAAUACAGCAGGCACAAACUACUUCCACAGUUUCAGAAGAUCCCCUUCAAAACUUAUGCUUAGCAUCUCAAGAAGUUCUUCAAAAAGCUCAGCAAAGUGGGAGGUCAAAGUGUCUCAGAUGUGGUGGUUCAAGAAUGUUCUACUGCUAUACAUGUUAUGUCCCAGUUGAAAAUGUACCUGUGGAACAGAUUCCACUUGUAAAGCUUCCGUUGAAGAUCGACAUCAUUAAACAUCCAAAGGAGACAGAUGGGAAAAGUACUGCUGUACAUGCCAAACUCUUAGCACCUGAAUUUGUAGAUAUUUACACAUAUCCUUGUAUUCCAGAAUAUGAAGAAAAAGACCAUGAAGUUGCACUUGUUUUUCCUGGACCUAAGUCUGUCUCAAUAAAAGAUAUUUCUUCUCAUCUGCAAAAACGAAUUCGGAAUAAUGGUAGCGGCAAAAACGAUGACCCUGACAAACCAUCUGUUAAACGCAAGAAAGCUGAAGGACAGGAUGUCUGUGAUUUCAGUGAGAGCAAGUGGAAAGGCACGACACUAAAAAGGAUUAUCUUUAUAGAUAGUACCUGGAACCAAACAAACAAAAUAUUCACUGAUGAGCGACUUCAAGGAUUGUUACAAGUUGAGUUGAAAUCAAGAAAAACUUGCUUUUGGCGCCAUCAAAAAGGAAAGCCAGAUACCUUCCUUUCCACAAUUGAAGCCAUUUACUAUUUUCUAGUAGACUACCAUACUGAUAUAUUGAAAGAGAAAUACAUAGGACAGUAUGACAAUCUUUUAUUUUUCUAUUCUUUUAUGUACCAGUUGGUAAAGAAUGUCAGGUGCUCUGGAGACAAGGAAACAAGAAAACUUACCCAUUAGUUUUUCAAAAGAUACAUAUGUCAUUUUAUUUUGCUAAAAUUAAUAAACUUGUAACUGUGCUUUGCUUACUCUUAGAAAUAAUCACCUAUAAUGUUUGCAAGAAAGCAAGACACCUUGAAAAAAAUUCUGGUUUCAUUCAUUUUACCUCAUAUUUUUAAAAAAGAAGUUCUGUCUAAGGAAAUUUUUCAGAUAGCAUUGACUGAAAAACUCAUUCCAGAAUUUAUGUACUCAAGGUUGGCAUAUUUACUUUCAUCCCUAUGUUUUAAUAUAAUGUGCUGUAUUAAUGUGCUGUGCUGGAAACCCUGGUGGCACAGUGGUUGAGUGCUGCAGCUGCUAACCAAAAGGUUGGCAGUUCGAAUCUACCAGGUUCUCCUUGGGAACUCUGUGGGACAGUUCUACUCUGUCCUACAGGGUUGCUAUGAGUCGGAAUCAACUCAACUGCAGUGGGUUUUUAUAUCUAAGUAAUUAUUUUCAUUUGUUUAGAGAUCUACCUGUGUUUCAUCUAUAUUCACACCAUUUUUGGAAGUAGAUGUGGUUAGAAUCUCCUUGCUGAAAAAAAGAUGUGAUAAGUGAUUUUUUUGAGUUAGUGGCAAAUACAGGCAUAACUGGGCUUACAGCUCCAGCCUCUAGGACUAUUUCCAUAAGUCCACACUGUCUGUUUGCGACAGACACAUGCUGCUUAUUACACCUGUCUGGCAUCUUUUUUGGGAGGGAGGGGGGAAUUGCUAGCAAUCAUGCGGUCCUACAGUAGGGAUGGACAUAAGACCCAGUUUAAUAUGCUAAAUUUGCCCUUCCCCUAAACACAGUAAUUGAUCCAGGGAUGAGUACCUGACUCAGUAGCACCAGGGUCCUUGUUGAUAACUGAUAUGAAUGCUCUAGAAGAUAUAGGGUUCUUUUUCCAAAGGUGGGAUGGUGUGGAGGUUAAAAGCACAGACCAGACUAAACUGCCUAGAUCUCAAUUCCAGCUUUUCCUUUUCCACUUUAUCAGCUAAGUGACAGUUUCAUCAUGUAUAAAGACAAGGUAAUGCGAUAGCUACUACCCUGAUAGAAUUAUUAUGAGGGUUAACUGAGUUAAUACAUCUAAAGGGCUUUUGACAGUGCUUGGCAUAGAGUGAAUGCUAUAUACGUGUUUGCUCUUUUUACUUUCUUAUUUGGAGUUGUGAACUAAGAAUGUCAGAAGCAUAGAGCUGCUGCUGGUAGUUAUCUGUGUUGCCAGGUGGCAAUUGCCUACCUUAGAAUGGAGCCAGAAAGGAAAGCAAAGUGGAGUGAUAAAAAAGGAUAGACCUGAGGACAUCAUUCAGUCACCUACAUCUAGCUACGUGUGAAUGGAGCCUGCUAUGUUGUAUAGCUCCUGUUUGCCCCUCUGGGUACACCUUCCACUCUUCCAUUCAGCUCUCUUCUCUCUACUCGGGGAGGUAGGCUCCCUUGCCUUCUGGCUUCUGGUUGGAAGCAACAAAUGGGCAGCACGAGCAGGAGAUUGGAGGUUGAGGGGAACAAUGAAAUCAUGGUAUUUAUUUUCCUGGCUUCUUUCCUGCCAAGUCACCAUGGCUGGCUGUGUCCCUCUAUUGAAGGCCACCCUGUCAGGCAUCCCUUUCCAAGCAGUUAUGCCUAUCCAAGCAGUUAUCCCAAUUACUGCUCCAAGUACUGGCCGCUGCUCCUUCCCUUUACCCCUUUUUACUUAGGGCAGUAAUGAUUCCCAGCUGCUGUUAGCCCCUGGGCACUGCAUUCUUCCUUGUUGGUUUCUCUGAUCACUGCCCACACCUUGGUAAAUGGUUUACUACACUUUUCUCAAAUGUCCUGAUUUGCAGUUGCCUUCUGUUUUUGGGUCCCUGACUGAUAAACCUACCCACUUUGAUGCUAGAAAUGACAGUACAUUUUUCAAAAUGUAUUCACUGGCACACAUAACGUGUCUUGAGAAAAUGAGCUUUUGGUGAAAUUAGUUUGUUGGACAUUUUAUUCCUCCCUUGGACUUUCAAAAGACACAGCAGAAUAAAGGUUCUGAAAAGCCAUGAAAUAAGAAUUUUGAACUUUGAGCUAGUAUUUAUUAAACUUACUUAAAUAUAUAACACACUUAUUAACAUUCUGUGGAAAUAGUGUCCCACAGCACACAUUUUGGAAUAUUUUAAUUUAGAGCAGUCCUCUGACUAUAUAGAUGUGGCAGCUGAGGCCUAAGAGGCUAAAUAACUUGUUGAUAGGUGACACAACUAGUUAGUGGCAGAACCUGGUCUAGAACCUGGGACUUCUGAUUAUACUAUGCUAUUCAUAAAAAGGAAUGUGGAUUAUAUAAGGUUUGAACAUUAUUAGCCCCCAUAGUCUUCGCCAAAUGAACUGGCUUGCCUGUUUAGCAAUUAUUUUGUAAGAACGGAAUUAAAUUGGAUUUCUUCAUGUUUAGAACUUGGCCCUAGGAACAGAGAAAGGUCUGGAUUGAUUUAAACAGGGCCAAAGUUGGAUUUCUUUGGGCUAAAUUUGGACUUCCCUGAGCCAAAUUCUGUUGCCAUUUAACUGGCUCUACUAACCAACUGAACAUAACAGUUAAAAGAGAAAAUAAUAAUAAAAGAGGUAGACAGAAUAAUCUUAUCACUCAUUUGCUCCGUCUCAUAGCUGGCAUAAGAAAGAUGACCCACAUAGUUCAUAAAAGCCUAAUUUACAACUGAGGCAAGAUAAAAUCUCAAGUUCUUCCCAAAAGAAGAUAAUAAUACCUGUUAGAACAAUGAGUUGGCUGUACUUGUCUUGUUUUUCUUUGGUAUAAUAGAUUGCAAAAAUGGCCUUAUUUUUUCCCCUCCCUGUAUUCAUGGUCCUUUUUCAUGUGCUCCUUUGAAGUACCCUCUCUGAUUCUGAGCCAAAUUCAUUUCUACAGAUCUAGUGUAUUUCCAGUUACUCUUGUGCUUCUCCUGUUGCCAAAGUAGCAGGCAUACAUGGGUUAGUCUGCUGGAGGAUGAGACAUGCAUAGAGCUAACCAGGUUGUUCUGGUCACCAUAGCCAAUCUCCAGGUUUGUAAAUAAUCUCAACCAAGAUUUUUUUUUUUUUUAAGAUCAGUAGAGCCACCUAGCUGGCACCUACCUGAUUCCAGAUGUGUGAGCAAUGGAUGCUUACUGUUAUGCCACUGAAGGUUUAGAGCUGUUUGUUGUACAGCAUUAUUGUGGCAAUAGGUAUCUCAACUUUGGAUACAGGAGCACCUUCUCAGAUUCUCAGCUUCACUGUUUUCCUGGGCCCUUGGCCACUUGCUUUGACUUAGCUACUACCCUACAUAGGGGUAGAUGACCAACAGGCUUGCAUGAUUCCCCUGCUUGAGACCAACCAGCCAUGUGCUCAGAAUCUGUGGCCCAUCCCAACACAUCUGGACUGUAGGAAGCACCAGCCACAGGACUUCUCCAUCAACUGCCAAAAGGGCUAGGUUGUACAAUCUAGAAGAGCAGUAGUGUUAACUACCUGUCUGGCACACUUACGUCACAAUGGACUAGAAGAAGCUAUCGGAUGAAUUCCUCCCCCUCCUUGUAGGGGAUUGUUAGAGGCAGUUUUUCAUUCAGCCUGUCCAAAGAUGUACCAUGUGGCUAAGCAAAGGUACUUGCCAAGUGAUUGGCAGUGACUCUUCAUGGCUUUUCAUGAAAUAGCAGCAUGUUCUGUGUAGUAAUUUAUCAAUUUGCAUUUGCUUGCUAUCAUUGCUAGCCUCACCUCCCCUCUUCCUCACUCUCAGUGACCUGAAUUGCACCUUCUAAUAAAGUAGGAGGAUUUAAUUUUUGCCUCAGAUUCUCUUUUCUAGGGAAGCCAGGUGUUUUAGUCUGGGUUUGGUUCAGGAAAGCAGACUCACUAUAAGCGUUACAUGAAUAAAGAGGUUUAAUAAAGGAAUUAGAGUGCACACAAGUACGGCAGUUCCUAGGGGAGAUGUUCAGAGUACCCAUGACUCAGCUGGUAGAGACGUACGUGUCUUGAGCGUAUCAAGGUUUUCAUUCCCUCAAUAUUUCUAGGAGCCCUCUGGUUCAACUGAAAGAUGCCUGUUCUGAAGUCUUAAAAAAGAGUUAACACCCGAAGUGGCAAAACAAGGUGGUGGCAUAAGCAGCUGCACACUCCUAUCAACAAAACUAAAGGAAAAAAAAAAAAAAGCCAAGCAAAUAUUGGUGCUAUCAACGGUCUCAGAACUCUGGAAACCAGUCAAAGUGAAUACUGAAUCAAUAAAAAGACAUAAUAGUAGGAAAGCAUUGGCUCUCCAACCAUCUGAGCUCUACUCCCUGAACUGGCUCAGCACAGACAUCUUAGGGUGAUUUCAGUGGCCAGUGCUCCCAGGCAGGGAGCCUAGAGUUGAAGUGGAGACAGCACUCCCAGGUGGGGGGCCUGGUGUUGAAAUGGCCACAGGUGACACUCCCGGGCAGGGGCCUGGUGUUGGAGCGGCGACAGUCAGCACUCUAGAGAGUGGAUGACUACAGCCUUCGUUAAUUUAAAAAAAAAAAAGAAGAAGAGCAAAUCUUGGGGAAGGGGAAGAAUCUGAUUUCUAGAAUUACCACAUUGUAAUAGCAAAUGGCUCAGUUUCAACAACAACAAAAUCCCAAAGCAUGCAAAGAAACAGAAAAGGAUGACUCACGCAAAAGAACAAAAUGAUGGGGCAGAAACCAUCUCAGAGGAAGGACAGAUAAUGGCCUUAGUAGAUAAAGACUUUAAAACAACAUAUUGGAUAUGCUUAAAAAGCUAAAGGAAAACAUGGACAAAGAACUAAAGGGAAUCGGGAAAAUGAUACAGGAGCAAAAUAAACAUUUCAACAAAAUUUUAAACACUAGAGCUGAAAAAUGCAGUAAUGGAAGUAAUAAAUUCACUGUAGGGGCUCCAUCCACAACACGUUAGCUGGCAGAAGAAUCAGCAAGCUUGAAAAUAGGACAAUUGUGGGUAUGAAGUCCAAGGAGCAAAAAGAAAAAAAGAAUGAAGGAAAGUAAACAGAGCUUAAGGUACUGAGCAGCACCAUCAAGUGGGCCGAUAUACUCACUAUGGGAGUCCUAGAUGGAGAAGAAAGGGGCUCGAAAAAUAUUUAAAGAAAUAAUGGCAGAAAACUUCCAAAUCUGAGGGAAGACACAAACCUACACAUCCAAGAAACUGAACAAACUCCAGGUGGGAUAAACACAAAAGAGAUUCACACCAAUACACAUAAUAAUCAAACCAAAGAUAAAGAGAAUUUUGAAAGUAGCAAAAGAUAAGCAAAUCAUCACAUAUAAGGGGUCCUCAAUAAAAUUAAAUGCUGACUUCUUAGAAACUAAGAGACCAGAAAGCAGUGGGAUGACAUAGUUAAAGUGCUGAAAGAAAACUGUCAACCAUGAAUUCUAUAUCUAGCAAAAUUAUCCUUAAAAAAUGAGGGCUUAAUCUUAUUUUUUAAUUAAGGCAUUCCUAGAUAAACAAAAGCUAAGGGAGUGUGUUACCAUGAGAUCUGCCUUUCAAGAAAUUCUAAAGGAACUCCUUUGGGUUGAAAAGAAAGGACACUAGAUAGUAACUCAAAGUCUAAUGAAGAAGAAGAAGAUGUAAUGCCCAUCGUAACCACAAAGACAAUAUCUGAAAAAUAUACACAAAAAGAAACAAGAAAAGAACAAAAAUGGCUCAUUAGGAAAAAAUCAAUACAAAACUAUGCAGUAUUGGAGGAAAUGAGAAACAAAGGUAUAUGGGACACACAGAAAACAAAUAGCAGAAAAGUAGAAGUGUGUCAUCCCUUAGCAGUAAUCAUUUUAAUAUAAAUGGAUUAAACUCUCCAAAAGGCAGAAUGGAUAAGAAAACAUGAUCCAACUACAUGCUGUCUACAAGACACCAACUUUAGAAAUAAAGACAUUAGUAGGCUGAAGGUAAAAGAAUGGAAAAAAAUUUUUCCAUGUGAAUAGUAGUCAAAAAAAAAGCCAGAAAACAAAACAAAACCUGUUGCCGUCUAGUCGAUUCCAUGGAUUUGAACUGCCAACCUUUUGGCUAGCAGCUGCAGGUGUGGCUAUAUUAAUAUCAGACAAAAUACAUUUUUAAGUCAAAAUCUGUUACUAGAGAAAAAAGAGAUAAUGAUGAAAUGAUCAAGAAGAUAUAAUAACUAUGAAUGUGUAUGCACCUAACAAAAAAGUCCCAAAAUACAUAAAGCAAACAUUGACAAAAUUGAAGAAAAAGUAGUUCUCCAAUAAUAGAGACUUCAACACAGUAGUUUUAAUAAUGGAUUGAACAUCUAGACAGAAGAUUAAUGAGGAAAUGGGGAACUUUAAUAACACUGUAAACCAUCUAGACCUACCACAUAUAUAGAACACUCCACCGAACAACGUCAGAAUAAUCAUUUUUCUCCAUUGCACAGACAUCAUUGUCCAAAAUAGACCACAUAUUAGGUCGCAACACAAGUCUCAAUAAAUUUUAAAAGAUUGCAGUCUUAUAAACUAUCUUCUCAAGGAACAGUGGAAUGAAACAAAAUCAAUUGCUUGAGGAAAACUGGGAAUUUCACAAAAACGUGGAAAUUAAACAACACACUAUUCAACAACCAGUGAGUCAAACAGGAAAUCACAAGGGAAAUAAGACAAUGCUUAGAAAUGAAUGAAAGUGAAAGCACAGCAUAUUAAAACUUAAUGGAAUACAGUAAAAGCAGUGAUCAGGGGGAAAUUUAUAGUAAUAAACACCUACAGUAAAAAAGGAGAAACUGCAAAUCAGUCACCGAAAGAUAUCUUGAGGAACUAGAAAAGGAAGACCAAAUUAAGCCUAAAGCUACCAGAAGAAGAAAUAAUAAAGAUUAGAGCAGAGAUAAAUAAAAUAAAGAAUAGAAAAAGAAUAGAAUCAACAAACUGAGAAAUUGGUUCUUUGAAAAGAUCAAUAAAAAUCAACAAACCUUUUGUUAAAUUGGCAAAAAAAAAAAAAAAAAAAAGAA